AUGAAGGAAAUUUUGAAGGGUGAGAAUGUAAAUGGAAACAAAAAGCAAGAAGAAGAGAAGAAAGAGGGAAAAAAGAUAACAGAAGUGGUGCUGAAAGUUUACAUGCACUGUGAGUCCUGCAAAACCAAGGUGUCUAAAUACUUGAGAGGUUGUGAGGGAGUGGAGGAAGUGACGGCGGAUGUGGGGAAUGCAAAAGUGGUAAUAAAGGGAAAGGACCUGAAGCCUAACAAGAUAUUGGAACAGAUUCGGAGAAAGUACUCCAAAAAUGCCCAACUUAUUUCUCCUAAGCCCCUCCCCGAAACCCCCAACCAAACCAAGGCUGACCCUCCUAAGAAGGAAGAGGUGAAGACCGUGGAGCUCAAAAUGGGGAUGCACUGUGAAGGCUGUGUAAAUGACAUCAAGCAGCGCGUUGGAAGAAUGGAGGGAGUGAUGGCAGUGGAAGCAGAUAGAGAGAGUUCGAAAGUGAGGGUGAAGGGAAUAGUGGAUCCUCCCAAGCUGGUGGAAGCCAUUAAAAAGAAAAUGAAGAAGAACGUAGAGGUGGUGAAUAAGAAGCAAGAGAAAGAAGAAAAAUCAGCAAACAAACCGGGCGGCGGCGGCGGCGGCAACAACAACAACCUCAACAACCAGGAUGGAAAGCAAGAGAAAGAAAACUUGGCGUUUAAAUAUCCUCCUCAGUACUCUUUGCAUCAUAUUUACCCUAAUCAAACCUUCAGUGAUGAUAAUGUGUUUUCUUGCUCUAUCAUGUAAUUCAUUUUAUUUAUCAAACAAACAAAGGGCUAUGUAGUUGUGUUAGCAUUCUCAUAUACCAUUCUCACGUACAACAGUAACAAUAUAAGUAAUAGUAGAGCCACAUAC